AUUGUAGUGAUUCCUCUUCACUCCACACUGGAUCCUUAGCUACCCAUUCUCUCAUAUAGCUAUGGCAUUGGCUUCCUACGCAUCUUUUCGUUCCUUCAAAUCCUGCUCAGUUUCCAACUCUCAAAACAGAAUUACAGCUUUUGAAAACUCCAAACUUUUUAGGAGUGAUUAUGAUCUCACUAUACCACCAAAGUUGAUCAAUAUUAAUAAUACCCACCAUCAUAAUACUAUGUCAAUAUCUACCCCCUUACAAAAGUCUAAACCUUUCAUUAAUAUUGAUCAUGAUUUGGAUAUAUAUAGAGACGUUAUAAGAAAAGCAGGAGAAGAUCCAUUUGAAGGUCUUAAGAUGAUUGAUGCUAUCCAACGGCUAGGAAUUGACUAUAUCUUCGAGGAAGAGAUUGAUGGAAUUCUACAAAGCCAAUCUCAUCAUAAGUUUUUUAACGAAUUCGAACAUCAUCAUCAAGAUGAUCUGCAUGAGGUUGCUCUUCGUUUUCGACUCUUGAGGCAACAUGGUCACUUCAUUCCUGCUGGUUCGUAAUCCUUUUGAAAAAAUUUAAAUAUA